AGACAGACUCUGAGGGUCGCACCGUGACGGUUUUAUAUGAUCAACUAACAAAAGCAGCAUGACAACAGCCCAAAUAACACUCAUCACAUUGAAUUAUCUGCUGAAAUCCGAUUCCACAUAUGUCACUAAGUAGAUACCAGUCAAAAGCACUGACAUCAUUCUGCACUUCUGUCAUCUCAACGUCUUUUACUUUAACUCUACAUUUAUCUUCUAGCUCUAGUUUCUGGUAUAAAUUGGAUCCACAUUGAUGUGGUUUGGCUGCUGUAACAGAAAGCUGUAGGAGAAAUGACGAAGCAAGUCUAAAAACACGAAGCACAAUGAAACAGAAGCAAAUCUAAAGCAACAGGCUCCUCAUAGUUUUUAUUUUUUUUAAUUUGUCAACUGAAAAGUUGAAAAGAAGGAACUAAACUAACUGUCAUCAAUAUGAGUCAACAUGAGAAAUGAACCAUUUACCAAAAGAAAUGUGAGAAAUAUCUGCUUUAGUGGAAGCAUCGUAAAUUAGGAGUAUAAAUCAAAGAGUACAAAGUCCACAGUAACUUGGUUACUUCCCUUUUGACUCGCUGCCAUGUUCAGGUUGGCAGAAUAUUGACCAGACACUUUGAAGCGUUUUCAUGAGCAGCAGAAGAAGCUGCGAGCGAGUGAAGUGGACAGAAAACAUGUGGCAGGUAUUUUCCACGCGUCCUGCCUGUUUACUGUAGAUGCAGCGCCCCCACGUGGCGCCGCGAACUUUGAGGCCUCAGAGGAUAAAGUAAGUUAUGACUGAAAUUCAAAACAUUUGUCGACGUUGACAUUAUUUUAUUUAGGCGUAUAUGAUAUUUAGACCUUUAGUGUCUCAGUCAAUAAUAUUGAUAUAUUUGAAGUUUAAAAAUCGGGUUUUGUUGUAGAUGCUUGUUUAUCCUUUAAGUAUUUGUUUUUAAAAUCCUAUUUUAAAAAUGUUAAUGUUUUUUAAUUCCAUCUAUUUAAUAAAUUUUAAUACAUUAAAGUAAAUUAAACAUGAGCAACACUGAAGCCUCGGUAAUGUUUGGGUCCGGGGAGCUUCUCUUUUCUUUACUCUCUGUCCUCUCUGGAUUCUCUGGGCUCAGUAGCAAAAUGGCCUCUGUCUUUCAUUCCAACGAUCUCGUUGAGCCCUUUUUUUCAUUUCCAGAUUUAUUGGUUAUGGCGCCCCGUUGUUCUCGGCGUGGACGUGGGCUACAAAGGAGGCAGGCGGCGGCGCAAGUCCCGCCUGCGCUUCCCUCCGGAGGCGUCUCGGCGUCGCUGCUUCCGACUGGGGAUUGGAGCGGAGGCUUGUCAGUAAGUGGGCCCACCCUCCGCCGUGUGCGUGAGGGGAACCGAGCCAGACGGCGACGGACCGGAUCUCCCCGCUCGUCAGCUGCCCGUCACACACGCACGCGCCACAGCAGCGACCCGCAGCCGUGCGCCGCGCUGUUGACGCCCGGCGGGGGAUGGAGGGAGCGACGCAGCCCGCGGACGAGGGGCCGCGCGCGCCCAAGACGUGCCGACAACAACGGGGUCCGUACAGCACGCUGAAAACCUUCCAGAGCAGGCGCUCGGCGAGCAAGUCGCGCUUUGACAGGUCGUCGUCGGCGGCGGCGGCGGCCGAGGCGCCUCCGCUCGGCGACGGGCACCACUUCACCUUCCACCCGGAGCAGCCUCACCGCUUCCAGCCGCACGGCCACCAGCAUCAGCAUCAGCAGCAGCAGCGCGUGCAGCAGCUCCACCAGAGCAGCGUGGCCAUCAGCAGCAGCAGCCAGCAGCAUCAGCAUCAGCAGCAGCAGCAGCGGUUCCCCUGUGAGAGCAGGCCCAGCAGCGGGGCUCCGACGUCCACCUCGGCGGCGGCGGCGGCGGGUCUGAGCUCCCAGCAGCGGCAGCGGCGCGGCGGCGGAGCGGAGUCCAGGUUCUCCCCAGACUGCAGCUACGGCAUCAGCUCAGAGAACCGCCUCAUCCUGGACGCCUUCGCCCAGCAGUGCAGCCGAGUCCUCAGCCUCCUCAACAACGGCCGCCUCCUGGAGCCCCCGUCCUCCGGCAUCAAGCUGGAGGAGGAGCCGGAGGAGGCCGACGGGGUCCACUGCACCUCCCUGGGGAGGUCCCGACACGAGGAGAGCUCCUCCACCACCGACCCGGACGAGGAGGCCCAGCAGAGCCAUCAGAACCACCAGCAGACCUCCGCCGUGCUCCGCAUCUUCACCGACUCGCUACAGACCUACCUCCUCUCGGCGCCGCGGCGGCACCGCGACGACGACGCGUGCGCGGCGGCCGAGCCCGGCUCGGGCCUGGGCGGCUGGGGCUCGCCCGCCCCCUCCGAGUCCUACGGCCACCCGUCGUCCACGCUGCCCGAGGAGGACGAGGAGGAGGAGAGCUGCUGCCCGCGCUGCCUGGAGCUGGAGCAGGAGGUGCUGUCGCUGCAGCAGGAGAACGAGGAGCUGCGCAACAAGCUGGAGAACGUGCCAGGUGCAGUAGAGAAGCAGCUCAUUACAAAUCAAGCUUCUUUAUCCUUAAAAAACCCAAAGAUAAAAAAGAAAGAAAAAAAGAGAAAAAAAGGAAGAAAAAAAAAAGAAAACAAAAACAAAAUAAACCCAAAGAUAAAAAAAAGAAAGAAAAAAAGAGAAAAAAAAGGAAGAAAAAAAAGGAAAACAAAAACAAAAAAAAACCCAAAGAUAAAAAAGAAAGAAAAAAAGAAAACAAAAACAAAAAAACCCAAAGAUAAAAAAGAAAGAAAAAAAGGAAGAAAAAAAAAGAAAACAAAAACAAAAAAAACCCCAAAGAUACAGAUGCAUCACCUCUUCUCACGCUGCGUUGUGGGGGUUUUGUGUCGCCGACCACCUCCUCUUGUGUUUUCACACAGUCCCCUGUCAGAAUGUCCUGGACUACUUCAAGACUGUGCUGGAGGUCCACAACCAGCUGGUUCAGCCGAUGCCCGAGGAGCAGCUGACGGAGUAAAGGAGGACCGCGGUGAUGACGUCCUGCAGGGCAGCAAGCAGCUCCUGGAGAACUACCCCCUCUUCAUCAGCAACAAGCAGUGGGACGAGGCCGUCAACUCGUCCAAGAAGGACGGCCGGCGGCUGCUGCGCUACCUGAUCCGCUACGUCUUCACCACGGACGAGCUGAAGUUCUCUUGCGGCCUGGGCAAGAGGAAGCGCUCGGUGCACUCGGGCGAGCCGGGCCUGGAGAGGAGGCCGCUCAACCCGCUCAAAGUCAGCUGCCUCCGAGAGUUCAUCCGGAUGCACUGCGCCUCCAACCCCGACUGGUGGAUGCCGUCGGAGGAGCAGAUCAACAAGGUGUUCAGCGACGCGGUGGGCCACGCCCGGCAGGGCCGCGCCGUGGGCACCUUCCUGGGCGGCAGCGGCAGCGGCAGCAGCAGCAGCAGCCUCUACGCCGACGGCUUCGACGCGCACCUGUCGCAGGACGACCUCUACCUGAAGGGCUGCCACAGCCAGUCGGACUGAGGGGGGCCAAACGUGGCCCAGACCAGCUGGUCCCGUCGCGCUCCGCGGGCGAAACAUUCCAGACGAUUAUCACAGAAAACAACCGCGAUCCUCCUUUUCCUAUGGUUUUGUAGGUUUCUGCCAUUUUUAUAGCCGACGUUUGCUUUGGUCACACUCUGACUCUGAGGCGUGAUUUAAAUUGGACCCACCCGGUCUUCCAUCAGCUGCUUCUUCUAUGGUUUCGUGGUUUUACCAGUUCGGCCUCUAAUGAUGGGAUUUAUGUUAAAUCAGCUUUCUUUUUUUAACGGAGCCGCGGAUGAAACCAGUUUGUAUUGUUUCCCCCACGUCACAGGCUUAAAGCCUCACUUAUCAGCGCACCAGUCACAAAGUAGCUUUCACUGUUUUUCGUGAAGUCUCCGUUCCGUUGACGUCGAGUCUUUCAUCCACACGUCUGUCGUGUCAGGGUUUAUUUCCUAACAAGUGCUUUUACAGAGAGUCUUUCCACUGAGCACGAGUGCAGCUUUCCAGGGUCUGACGGGCGACGUGUGUUCUCCUCAUGUAUUUUUCAGGAUAUGCAAUGCAAACAAAGCGUUAAAUCAGGCCCACGCCUUCACAUAAUCACAUUUGAAUGAAAUGAUUUUAAACAUCCUGAGACAAAAAUGCUUGUGAGGACCGAAGCGCUCAGUCAGACUUUGUCAGUACAUUGUGCAGUGCUCUGGUUUAAGGCAGCUGCCAUGUUAGAGCCUUAAGCUGAAGGGUGUAAAAUGCCUGAUCCUCGAUCAGGUCAGAAAAUAACCACUCACCACUAGUCGUCUGUUGAGCCACGGGGACAAUAAUCAGCGUUUCAUUUUUUCUGAAGCUCCUUUUUGCACUUUUAGCCUCGGGCCGAGUCCUCGGGCAGAACUCAUCCAUUUUAAAGUUUGGAUUUUUUCCAAUUAGGCACUCGAUGACUUCACUUCACGACACUGUUUUCUACAUUUGAAUGUAUCUGAUUUCCUGGGUCAGUUUUCCAUGUGGACAGUGCUGUGUAAAUGUGUAUUAUAACGUACAGUUAACGUGUGCGGUGUCUCUCUUUAAGAAGCCAAGUAGAAAAGUGCCGCAGAAACCUUAAAACAGUUGGAUUCUGUCGUUGUGUUGCUGUUCUGAAUGUUCUUUGUAUUUACUCCUUUACCCUCAAAGUGGCUGUUCUCAACACUGUGAAGCAUCCGAUUUUUACUAAUCGAAGCGGUUCGGUUGGUUUUUUAUUUAUGAUAAAUAAAUCAAGCACUUACACUGA